AUGUCGAGCCCAACUACCAAUGGCCUUGCCAACGGCAAUGGUGUCCCACACAACAAAGCUCUCGAUCAUGUCAUCAGGCCCGCUGACAGACAACCCUCACCCCAACCUACACAUUUGAGUGUUCCUGGCGCUUCAAGUCAUUCCCGCGUCUUGAGCGAGCAGGGCUCUGGCUACGAAGCUCCCAAGUUCGAGGGCAAGACUCAACAAAUGGAGGAAGUCAUGGACAAGAUUGAAGCCAAGGGCUUCCUUCCUCCAGAGUUCGUCGAAAGUGAGACCCAAUGGUUCUACAACGAACUGGGCAUCGAUGACAUGUACUUCUCAACCGAGACUUCUGAUGCCAUUGUCAGCCACAUCCACUCGCUAUACGCAGCCAAGGUUGCUGCAUUUGCCAGAGAUGACAAGCAGCUCGAGAUUCGCCUCGACAAGGAAGCUACCGACCACGCUGUCUUCAUCGAUACCAGCAAGCCCGGUAUCACCUCUGUUGGUGGACCUCGCUACGAGCAACGUAUCGAUGAGAAGUACCUCAACAACUCGAAGGGUGCCAACAGCUACCGUGUCGAGACAUUCAGAUCGUCUAGCAAAUUGCCUGGUGAUCUCGAUCAGCAGCUGAGAUGCUACUUCGUCUACCAGUGCUCUUUCGAGCAGCCCAGCGCCAGCCCCGAGGAGACCAACCUCGAUCUGAUUUCCGACAAGAGAUUCCUCCAGAAAGCUACCAAGAACACUCGCGACAUCUACCAACACAUUCUUGAGUCGGCGGUCGCUAGAACUGGCCCCGUCAUUGAGCUCUUUGAGAUUAAGGGCUCAAGAGAAAAGAGAUUGGUUAUUGCAUACAAGCAGGGCUCAGCCUUGGGUCUCUUCAGCGCCCUUAGUGAUCUUUAUCACUACUACGGCCUGACCUCAUCUCGCAAGUACGUUGAGCAGUUCUCCAACGGAUACACGAUAAUGUCGUUGUACCUUCGUCCUGUGCCUGGACCUGAGUCCAACAUGCACCCUCCCAUUGAGGCCUCCAUUCACCAGAUCAUGAAGGAAGUCUCUCUGCUGUACUGUGUACCUCGCACCAAGUUCCAGAACCACUUCGCGACUGGCAAUCUCAGCUUGCAGGAGACCAUCUACGCGCACUGUGUGUGGGUCUUUGUCAGCCACUUCCUGAACCGUCUUGGUUCUGAGUACAACACCCUCAGCGCAAUCCUGGACGCGAACAACAGUGUCCAUGCUGAACUGCUUUCAAAGCUCAAGCGUCGUCUGCGUACCGAGACCUUCACCUCAGACUUCAUUCUGGAAAUCAUUCAACAAUUCCCUGACCUGGUCAAGGCUCUGUACCUCAACUUUGCCAAUGCCCAUUAUGUUCAGACUCGUGACCAGGAUGAUUUCUUACCGACUCUGAGUUACCUUCGUUUGAAGGUCGACAAGGUUCUGAGCGAUACCGAACUCAAGAACCUGAUUUCGACCACCUGCCAGAACGAGCAUCAAGAGAUGGUCAUGACAGCCUUCCGUGUCUUCAACAAAGCUGUUCUGAAGACCAACUACUAUACACCCACCAAGACUGCUCUUUCGUUCCGCUUGAACCCCUCUUUCUUGCCUGUCGAGGAGUACCCCCAGCCUCUUUACGGUAUGUUCUUGGUCAUCAGCUCUGAGUUCCGUGGCUUCCAUCUCCGUUUCCGCGACAUCGCUCGUGGUGGCAUCCGUAUCGUCAAGUCUAGAAGUCCUGAGGCAUACGACAUCAAUGCCCGCUCGCUCUUUGAUGAGAACUACAACCUGGCAAACACUCAGCAAAGAAAGAACAAGGAUAUCCCUGAGGGUGGUUCCAAGGGUGUCAUUUUGCUUGAUGUUGAGCACCAAGAGAAGGCCAGUGUGGCUUUCGAGAAGUACAUCGACAGUAUUCUCGAUUUGCUCCUUCCACCCACUAGUCCUGGUAUCAAGGAUCCCAUUGUCGACCUUCACGGACAGCAAGAAAUUCUGUUCAUGGGCCCCGAUGAGAACACUGCUGAACUGGUCGACUGGGCUACUGAGCACGCCAGAGCCCGUGGUGCCCCUUGGUGGAAGUCAUUCUUCACCGGCAAGAGCCCUAAGCUUGGUGGCAUUCCUCAUGACAGCUACGGCAUGACAACUCUGUCUGUUCGCGAGUAUGUCUUGGGUAUCUACCGCAAGCUUAACCUUGACCAAAAGAGCAUGAGAAAGCUUCAAACCGGUGGUCCCGACGGCGAUCUGGGAAGCAACGAAAUCCUUCUUGGACAAGAGAAGUACACCGCCAUUGUCGAUGGUGCGGGUGUCCUCUUUGACUCCGAAGGUCUCGACAGAGAAGAAUUGCUCCGCUUGGCCAAGAAGCGUGCCAUGAUUAAUCAAUACGAUGUCUCGAAGCUCUCACCCCAAGGUUACAGAGUCCUGGUUGAGGAGAACAAUAUCACUCUUCCUUCGGGUGAAGUCGUGAACAACGGCAUGGCAUUCCGUAACACCUUCCAUCUGCGCCAGGAGGCUUACGACGUCUUCGUACCCUGCGGUGGUCGCCCUGAGUCUAUCAACCUGAACUCGGUCAACAAGCUCAUUGUUGAUGGCAAGUCGAUUAUUCCUUACAUCGUUGAAGGUGCCAACCUCUUCAUCACUCAAGACGCCAAGCUUCGUCUUGAAAAGGCUGGCUGUAUCCUCUUCAAGGAUGCAUCUGCUAACAAGGGUGGUGUCACAUCGUCUUCUCUUGAGGUUCUGGCUUCAUUGUCGUUCGACAAUGCUGGCUUCAUUGAGAACAUGUGUGUACACGAAGAUGGCACUACUCCAGAGUUCUACAAGGCAUACGUCAAGCAAGUUCAACAAACAAUCUGCAACAACGCUAGACUAGAGUUUGAGGCCAUCUGGAGAGAGAGCGAGGCCACUGGCAUUCCCAAGAGUGUCCUCAGUGACCGUCUGAGUACCGCCAUCACUAACCUCGACGAGGAACUUCAGAACACUGAGCUCUGGGACAAUGUUGAGCUUCGCAGAUCAGUACUCAAGGAUGCCCUCCCCGGCUUAUUGCUGGAGAAGAUUGGUCUUGAUCUCAUUAUCGAGAGAGUUCCUGAAAACUACCUGCGCGCCAUCUUCGGCUCAUACUUAUCAUCCCGCUUCAUUUAUGAGCGCGGCAUUUCGGCCAGUCAAUUCGCCUUCUUCUCUUUCAUGAACGAGCGUAUGGCCAAAUUGCGCUCAUGA